GUUCGCUUCCCAGAAAUCAAACGUGUUAUCUGAUGAGGCAAAUCCUAGAAUGAUAURGGAAAAGUUUGGGAAAAGUUUGUUUUUGGAAUUAUUGUGAACMAACUGGUUUAAACCGGACAACACUUCUAUCUAGACUCCUUUAGUAUAGUUUAUAUAUCACACCCAAAGCGAAAUACUUCGAUAUCAAAGGAAGCUCAAGAUGGUWAACUCAACGGAAUACUGCGCUGCGACAGCAUUAAAAAAAAACCCAUCWGUAAKSAUUUAUGUGUACCCGUCAGUUGCGUUGAGUGUYAUAAUCAUUUUGUUAAACAUUCUUGUUGUUGCUGCUGUUAUUAAGAACAAACGUCUCCACAAACCAGCAUUCUAUUACGUGUGCUCUUUAGCUGUUGCUGACUUCAUCGCAGCUGUGGUUGUACUCUUCUCAUUCUUGAGGAACUACUUACAUGGUCAAGUUAUCAGGGAAGAACUAGAAAUCACACAGGGUGUAUUUGUAGCCAGUAUUGGAGCAUCYAUCCUCUCUCUUCUCGCCAUCGCAUUCAAUCGUUUUUUUGUCAUCAUCCAUCCCUUUAACUACCGCGCCAAAAUGAACAACACUGUGAUUGUUGUUGUUAUAGUAAUAAUAUGGGUGUAUUCAUUGGUUCUUGGUUCCUUACCCAUUGCUGGAUGGAAUGCUACAAGCACUGAUGACUGCUCCACGAUUUAUCCUGGUCUUGCAAGAACCUAUGUCUUCGUGCUUUCCCUUCAUGUCAUUUUAGCACUGAUGAUUAUUUUGGGAUUGUACAUCGCUAUAUUCGCUAAGGUUAGAAAAAGCACUUAUAUCAUCAGAAAUGCAAYCAACAAAGACGAAAGAGCGCAUYUCAAAGUYGCAAAGACGCUGUCCAUAGUGACCGCAGCGUUUGCUGUCUGCUGGCUUCCCAUCAUGACCAUCGGUCUUCUAGACAUGGCCAAGUCAAUCACAUUAAGCAAGUACAGCCCUUUCUUUACUGUCUUGGCUGUCUUCAACUCACUCUUAAAUCCUAUAAUAUAUGCGUCACGUGAUCUAGAGAUGAGGAACACAUUUUGCCGUAUUUUAUGCUCACCGAGUGAAUGUUGUGAUCGAGAGAGACACAGGGAACCCAUCAGUGAUGACUCGAUGACUUGGCUAACAGCUUGUUUUACGGGAAGUAGCAUCGAGGAAGAUAGYCCGAGAGGCGGAAAUGAAGCAAGAGGCCGGGUUAAUAAUCAAGCGAUUCCGGAUAACCAACWAGCCAAAGCGAUUGAAGAAAAGCCUUUGAACCGUUGAUGAUGUAACUUCAAGACCGAAUUUCCUUUCGGUCGUAAACGUUUUAAAAUAAGCACUCUUUUUCAAUAAUGUCGCUUCAUAAAAAUUUGUAGAUAGCUUCACUAUUUUGACACUUUCAAGAAAAUAGUCAAACUGCACACGUUCAUCCGCGAGAACCCGUUUGCGCUAUUUAGUUCUUACAUGCGAAAAAUUGUAUAUUUUAAUUUGGAACCAAUCAGAAGGUAAGACUACUUUCAUCAACAAAUUAUUGUCAAAAACGCCGUUUUGUUUGGCAAACGUUUGCGAAUGUAGUCAUAUCCACUAAUUAUAAUCCUUGCGAAAACGCAGGGCGUGGUGAAGGGGAGGGUGUGAUGUGGGGGGAGGGUUUCAGCGCAUUGGAAUGAGAUGACCUUGUAGUUUCAAUUAUAGGCUUCAAGAUUUAAAGAUUGACAACAUGACGCCUUGUUUGGCUUCCUUGAAUAAUAGAUUUAUUGCUACUUAUAGAUAAUAUUGUUCAGCUAGAAAAAUCGUUUUCAUGCUACAGAAGAGGUUCUCUUCUGAAGGAAAACUAUUUAGAUAUCGCAACUACAACUGGAUCUUUACCCAUCCAAGCUGACAYAUAUAAGAACAGAUCAGGACGUGUAGACUCCUUUCUGCGCCGAGAGUAGACUAGAGGACGAAUUGUAGAACAAAAUAACAAAAUAAAAAGUAUCCUUUCUAGUGUGGCCAAAGUAAUAAUUUGUCAACGAAAAUACUUUGUAUAUAAUAAGUCAAGUUAAUUUUUGUAUUUUUUAUUUACUAGCUUAUGUCAUUAAAGUAUUCAUUCUCUUGCU